AUGGCACCCACAAAGAAGGCAAAGAAGACUGCUGACUCCAUCAACUCGCGCUUGGCGCUUGUUAUGAAGUCAGGAAAGGUCACUCUCGGAUACAAGUCAACCCUCAAGACUCUCCGUUCCGGAAAGGCCAAGCUCGUCAUCAUUGCUGGCAACACUCCUCCUCUUCGCAAGAGUGAGCUCGAGUACUACGCCAUGUUGUCCAAGACCAACGUCCACCACUUCAGCGGAAACAACAUUGAGCUCGGAACUGCCUGCGGUAAGCUCUACCGUUGCUCGACCAUGGCCAUCUUGGAUGGAGGUGAUUCCGAUAUCUUGAGCUCCCAAGCCGAGUAA